AUGUGGAGGGGAAGAAGCUCAUCCUGGUUGUUCCAUGUCAAAAGCCAUUGCCUCUUCCAGAGAAAUAACUGCUUCUCAGCAGCAACCUCCCCUGCUCCUUUCGAGACUGAUUUCUCCAGCAUGACCGAUUGCUCCUAUUCUGACCUCAAUGACACGACCACUGCUACAACUGAAACAUCCACUACAACAACAACAGCAGAAUCUUCCACAACAACUUUAUAUACAACACAAGCUACAACAACAACUGCAGAAACUACUGCAGUGACAACUACUGUUACCCCAACAAACACAAUUCCAGAGACGAUCACUGCUACAACUGAAGCAUCCACUACAACAACAGCAGAAUCUUCCACAACAACUUCAUAUACAAAAGAGGCUACACCAACAACUGCAGAAACUACUGUAGAGACAACUACUGUUAGCCCAACAAGCACAAUUAAAGAGACAACCACUGCAACAACUGAAGCAUCCACUACAACACCAACAACAGAAUUAACAACCACAACUUUGUACACAACACAACCUACAACACCACCGACAGCAGCAGAAACAACCACACUAACAACAACUAACACCCCAACAAGCACAAUUCCAGGGACAACCACUGCUACAACUGAAGCAUCCACAACACCAACAGCAGAAUAUGGCACAACAACUUUAUAUACAACACAACCUACAACACAAACAACAGCAGAAACAACCACAUUGACAACAACUAGCACCCCAACAAGCACAAUUCCAGAGACAACCACUGCCACAACUGAAACAACCACUACAACACCAACAACAGAAUCUGCCACCACAACUCUAUACACAACACAACCUACAACACAAACAACAGCAGAAACAACCACAUUGACAACAACUAGCACCCCAACAAGCACAAUUCCAGAGACAACCACUGCCACAACUGAAACAACCACUACAACAUCAACAUCAGAAUCUGCCACCACAACUCCAUACACACCACAACCACCAACAUCAGCAGAAACAACCACAUUGACAACAACAAGCACCCCAACAAGCACAAUUCCAGAGACAACCACUGCGACAACUGAAACAUCCACUAUAACACCAACAACAGAAUCUGCCACCACAACUCUAUACACAACACAACCUACAACAACACAAACAACAGCAGAAACAAAUACAUUGACAAUUAGCACCCCAACAAGCACAAUUCCAGAGACAACCACUGCGACAACUGAAACAUCCACUACAACAUCAACAUCAGAAUCUUCCACCACAACUCCAUACACAACACAACCUACAACACCACCAACAUCAGCAGAAACAACCACAUUGACAACAACGAGCACCCCAACAACAGAAACAACCACACUGACAACAACUAGCACCCCAACAAGCACAAUUCCAGGGACAAAAACUACCAAAACUGAAACAACCACUACAACGCCAACAACAGAAUUAACAACCGCAACUUUGUACACAACACAACCUACUACAACACAAAAAACAGCAGAAACAACCACACUGACAACAACUAGCACCCCAAAAAGCACAUUUCCAGGGACAACCACUGCUACAACUGAAGCAUUCACAACACCAACAACAGAAUCUGCCACGACAACUUUAUAUACAACACAGUCUACAACAACAGCAGAAACUACUUCAGUGACAACUACUGUUACCCCAACAAGCACAAUUCCAGAGACAACCACUGCGACAACUGAAACAUCCACUACAACAUCAACAUCAGAAUCUGCCACCACAACUUCAUACACACCACAAACACCAACAUCAGCAGAAACAAGCACAUUGACAACUAGCACCCCAACAAGCACAAUUCCAGAGACAACCACUGCGACAACUGAAACAUCCACUAUAACACCAACAACAGAAUCUGCCACCACAACUCUAUACACAACACAACCUACAACACCACCAACAUCAGCAGAAACAACCACAUUGACAACAACUAGCACCCCAACAAGCACAAUUCCAGAGACAACUACUGCUACAACUGAAGCAUCCACUACAACACCA